AUGGUCUUAGAGGUGAUCAAGAUCUCUCGAGUCAGCCCUGCAACGGACUUAGUCGAACCGCUCGUUGUCCCGCUCAGUUUCUUUGAUCUCAGGUAUAUCAAACGCAGUCCUACAGAGCGAGCCACAUUUUACAAAACCACUGAGUCAUCUCUCGUGAUCCUCCCCAAGCUCGAGCGAUCCCUUUCCCUCGUCCUCGCGCACUUCCUCCCACUCUCCGGUCACCUCAAGUGGGACCCACAAGAUCCCAAACCCCGCAUUGUCGUCUUCCCGCAACAAGACGCUGUAUCUCUCACAGUGGCCGAGACCGACGCCGAUUUCUCUCGUCUUUCCGACAAAGGGCUUCGUCCCGAGGCCGAGUUACGCGGUCUAGUUCCCGAGUUACCGUCUUCCUCUGACUCGGCUUGUCUUUUUUCUCUGCAGAUCACUCUGUUUCCAAGCCAAGGCUUCUGCAUCGGAUCCACAGCCCACCAUGUGGCCAUGGAUGGCAAAACAGCCUCAAAAUUUCACAAAUCAUGGGCUCACGUUUGUAAACGAGGAACCAUACCGCAAGAUUUUAUUUUACCGACGCUUUUAGACCGCUCGGUCAUCAACGUUCCAACCACACUCGAACAGAGGAUUUUCCAACUCCUACCGUAUCUUUCACACGACAACAACGCAAGAAGCUUGAAACUUCCUCCUGCCAAAGAGACCGGCGAUGACCUUGUCCGGAUCACGCUAGAGCUGACUCAGGAGAAGGUCGAGAAACUCAGGGAGCGAGCCAAGAACGACUCAGCUCGCUCUGAUCUUCUUCACUUGUCAACGUUCGUAGUCACAUACGCCUACGUGUGGACAUGCAUGGUCAGGGCGCGUGGUGGCUAUGAAGAUCGACCGGUUCGGUUCAGGUACACUGCUGAUUUCAGAGACCGGUUAGACCCGCCGGUUCCUGUCACCUACUUCGGGAACUGUACGUUAUCCAUUGAUUUACACGGAUACGAAGCCAAGACGUUUAUGGGAGAAGAUGGGUUCGUUAAUGGCGUCGAGAUUCUCAGCGAUUCGGUCAAAGGUUUUGGUUCACGAGGAGUUGAGUCAGUGUGGGAAGUGUACGAGGAAGGAACCAAGAAAAUGAAGUUAGGUACGCAGAUGUUGCUCGUUUCCGGGUCUAACCAGUUUGGGGUAUACGGGUCGGAUUUCGGGUGGGGAAGACCCGUUAAUACAGAGCUUAUGUCGAUUUACCAAAACGGUGAGUUCUCUCUAUCGCAGAGGAGGGAUGAAACUAGUGGCGUCGAGAUUGGCAUAUGUUUGAAGAAACGUGAGAUGGAUGUUUUUCUUUCUUUGUUCACUAAUGGAUUCGAUUCUUGA